GGUGGAGGUGAGGGGGUUAUCUUCUGGCGGAGCAACGAAGGAAAAUGAAGAAAACAAGAUAGGACUGGUGCUCAUCCCUGGGCUAAUUGGGAAUGGGACUGAUCCAAGAAGUACAUACAGCUGAGGUUGGAAACCCCCAAGGUUCACUUAAAAUUGGAGUAUCGCAGAGAAGGAAUUACUAGUGGGCUAGGAGCCAAUUAAAGACAUGGAUUUAGAUGCUGUAAAAGAACACUCAGCAUUACACGCCAAGCCCAGUGGACUCGUUCUUCAAUAUGGGACUGCUGGUUUUCGAACAAAAGCAGAACAUCUUGAUCAUGUCAUGUUUCGCAUGGGAUUGUUAGCUGUCCUGAGGUCAAAACAGACCAAGUCUACAAUAGGAGUCAUGGUAACUGCAUCACAUAAUCCUGAGGAAGACAAUGGGGUAAAAUUGGUUGAUCCUUUGGGUGAAAUGUUGGCACCGUCCUGGGAGGAACAUGCUACCUGUUUGGCAAAUGCUGAGGAACAAGACAUGCCAAGAGUGUUGAUGGACAUCAGUGUGAAAGCAGCCGUGAAUCUGCAACAAGAUGCCUUCGUAGUGAUUGGUAGAGAUACCAGGCCCAGCAGUGAGAAACUUUCACAGUCUGUAAUAGAUGGUGUGACUGUUUUAGAAGGUCAAUUCCAUGAUUAUGGCUUGUUAACAACACCCCAGCUGCACUACAUGGUGUACUGUCGAAAUACUGGUGGCCAGUAUGGAAAGGCAACCAUAGAAGGUUACUAUGAGAAACUCUCUAAGGCUUUUAUGGAGCUUACCAAGCAGGCUUCUUGCAGUGGAGAUGAAAAUAGAUCACUUAAAGUUGACUGUGCAAAUGGCAUAGGGGCCCUGAAGCUGAGAGAAAUGGAACACUACAUCACCCAGGGGCUGUCAGUUCAGCUGUUUAAUGAUGGGACCAGAGGGAAACUCAACCAUUUAUGUGGGGCUGACUUUGUGAAAAGUCAUCAGAAACCUCCACAGGGAAUGGAAAUGAAGUCUAAUGAAAGAUGCUGUUCCUUUGAUGGAGAUGCAGACAGAAUUGUUUAUUACUACCUUGAUGUAGAUGGUCACUUUCAUCUCAUAGAUGGAGACAAGAUAGCAACACUAAUUAGCAGUUUCCUUAAAGAGCUCCUGUUGGAGAUUGGAGAAAGUUUGAAUAUUGGUGUUGUACAAACUGCGUAUGCAAAUGGAAGUUCAACACGCUAUCUUGAAGAAGUUAUGAAGGUACCUGUCUAUUGUACUAAAACUGGUGUAAAACAUUUACACCACAAGGCUCAAGAGUUUGACAUUGGAGUUUAUUUCGAAGCAAAUGGGCAUGGGACGGUACUGUUUAGUAAAGCUGCUGAAACAAAGAUAAAACAACUAGCAAGAGAAUUAGAAGAUAAGAAAAGGAAAGCUGCUAAGAUGCUUGAAAAUGUUAUCGACUUGAUUAACCAGACCGCUGGUGAUGCUGUUUCUGACAUGCUGGUGAUUGAGGCAGUCUUGAUCCUGAAGGGCUUGACUGUACAGCAGUGGGAUGCUCUUUAUACAGAUCUCCCAAACAGACAGCUCAAAGUUAAGGUUGCAGACAGGCAAGUUAUUAGCACCACUGAUGCUGAAAGACAAGUGGUUACACCUCCGGGGCUACAGGAGGCCAUCAAUGACCUGGUGAAGAAGUACAAGCUUUCCCGAGCUUUUGUCCGGCCUUCUGGUACAGAAGAUAUAGUCCGAGUAUAUGCAGAAGCGGACUCGCAGGAAAAUGCGGAUAGCCUCGCACAUGCAGUGAGCCUGGCAGUAUUUCAGCUGGCUGGAGGAGUUGGAGAAGCACCCCAACUAGGUCUCUGAAGACAGUUUUUAUGAUCAUGAGAAACCGGAUUUUUAAAAAGUUUUUACAAAAUAGUACUGCCAUUACUGUGACAGAUUCAGAGACAUUUGUAAUCAAAAUGUUUACAAUGCA